GCCGUUAUUUGGAGGAACUUCCAGAUUCAAUUGGUGUAAUGGAGUCAUUAGAGGAGUUGGAUAUAUCAGCGACUGGUAUCUCUAAACUCCCUCAUUCAAUAAGAUAUCUGAAAAGCUUGAGAGUGCUGAGAAUGGAUUCUUCUCUCAUUCGAAAAUUUCCUGGAGAGAUUGGGAAUCUAACCUGUCUGGAAGAACUACACGCUUCCUGGUGUCGGAAUUUGGAGGGGGCCAUUCCCAGUGAUAUCUACAAACUACAUCAUCUGAGAUCAUUGACGCUGGGGCAUUCCAGUAUAUCUAGCCUACCCUGGGGAAUUUCCACCAUCCCUGGUCUUCACACCCUGGAUUUAAUUCAGUGCAAUGAAAUCGAAAAGUUGCCGGAGCUUCCUCGUUCUCUAAUUUGUCUGCGUGUGAGUUCUAUAAGGAUGGAAGCGAUGCCCCUUAUUAAAAAUUUAAAGAAAUUGGAGGAGCUGUGCCUAAGUGAUGGAGACCUGAAAGCACGCCAACCACCCUUUGCGAUAGAAGAGAUUGAAGGGCUUGAAGGGCUUGAAGCCCUGAAGAGGCUAGAUAUAUCAAACUGCAACAUACGAAAUCUCAAUGGGAUUGGCCAGUUAACCUCACUGAGGAUUUUGAUUCUAUCUGACUGUGAUGACCUCUGUUCACUUGAUCUUUCAAACUUGAAGUCACUGAAAGUUUUAGAGAUCAGACGAUGCCAAAUGAUCCAUCAAAUUGAAGGCAUAGAAAAAUUGACAUCUUUGAAAAAGCUGAAUAUCAGUGAAUGUCCGGCUGAGAACUCGGUGCAAAUACAGAAUUUGUUAGAAGAUGUAAGGGCACGUUCAGUCAAAACAUGGGGGCGUUGGGACUUCAACAAACAAGGUGUGACGUAUUUGAAGCGUAACAGAGAGGAGAUUCAUAUGGAUACAUCAAAUAAGAAGAUGAAGAAAAUGGAAGAUGAAGCUGGAGAGCGACUAGCAGACGUGAAAACCUCAGAUAGGAAUUAUUAUACGAUUGCAGCUGUUCAGAAUGUAGUUGGAAUUGAUCUUCGUGCAAAACAAAUCACCGACUUACUGGAGAUGGAAGUCAAUGAUGAGGUGCGCAUUAUUGGAAUCUAUGGAACUGAUGGAAUUGGCAAGACGACUCUCGCCAAGGCUGUAUACAAACGCAUCUCUUCUUGUUUUGACAGUUGUAGCUUUCUCGCAGAGGUCGAAGAAACCACCCAAAAUUCUCAUGGUAUUCAGUUUUUGCAAAAUAAGUUGAUACAUGAUGUCCUUGAACGAGAUCAAGAAGAUCUUUCUUUCAAUGAAAGAAUAGAAGAUUUCGUGGAUAUAUUUUGUGAAAUGAAAGUUCUAAUAGUAGUCAAUGAUGUGGAAGAGCCAUCCGAUCUUCACGCUAUUGUCGGAGACCACCUUCAUUGGUUUGGUCCAGGUAGUCGAAUAAUUGUGACUUCCAAAAAUAGUGGAAUUCUCAAAGGGUAUGAUCCCGAGAAGGCUUAUAACUACAUGGUUAGUGAGUUGGAUGGCGGUCAAGCUUUUAAACUUUUCUGCAAGCAUGCAUUUAGGAUGCAAUCUUCCAUACCGGAUUAUGAUGGAUUCUCAAACCGCAUUGUCAAUGCUACAGUGAAACUACCAUUAGCAGUUGAAGUCAUCGGUUCAUUUUUGCGGGGUAAAUCAAUACAAGAAUGGAAAAAGAUGGAGAAGUCAAUGAAAGCACGUAUGAUGAGUUCUCAAAAGUCUACGGUUUGCCUUGAAGAGAUACUGGAUAUAUGUUAUGAAGCAUUAGAUCCAAAGCAAGAAGAUAUAUUUUUGGAAGUGGCAAGUUUUAUCUCUGAUGUGGAUGCCCAAAUUGCUUCAUAUAUGUGGCCUAGUUGUUAUCCAUCCUCUGGUUGCAUUCUGAUGCCCCUGGCAAAAAUUGGAGAAAACAAUGAAUUGCAGAUGCACAGAUUGCUGAGACGCCUUGGCAAAAGAAUGUUUGAGCAAGAGGGAUCUGGAGAUCCAAUUGGGAGAAAAGUUUACAUACAGGAUAAGGGAAUGGAAAACGUUGAAGCUCUCCCCUUUGACUUCACAGCUGGAGAUUUUCAGAAAAUGCCAGAACUAAGGCUUCUCAAGUUGGAUAAUGCCAAAUUUUCCGGAAACUUUGAAGGUGCAUUUGCUAGUUUAAGGUGGCUCUGUUGGCAAAGGUGUCCUCUGGAUUUUAGUGCAGAAAAUUUUUCGUUAACAGAGUUGGUCAUUCUUGAUCUGUCUUGGAGCAAAGUCACGGAAGAAUGGGGAGGUUGGAGUGAAAUCAAGAUGAAGAAUUUGAAAGUCUUGAAUCUUACUGGGUGUUCUGACUUACUGUUCACUCCCGAUUUCUCUGGUUAUGAGUAUUUGGAAAUCCUGAUUCUUGAACAAUGUUCUCAUUUGGUGAAGCUAGAUCCUUCAAUUGGUAAUUUGAAAAGUUUGGUCUCCCUGAAUUUGAAGUUCUGCUCCCGAUUGAACGGGUUGCCAGAGGAACUAGGUUGUACGACAGCUCUGAAAGAGCUUUUUAUUGACGGGACUUGUGUACGGCAGAUCCCCAUCUCCAUAGGCAAUUUGAAGCAACUCGAAAUUCUCAGUGGCUUAAAAUGCUCCCCAUUGACUCACCUGCCUGGUUCAAUUUGUUAUCUGACUACUCUCUCCGAACUCUCAUUAGAUGGUGCCAAAAUUUCUGAGCUUCUGAGCUCACUGGGGGAGCUGCUUAAUCUAAGGCGCUUGUCAUUGAGGGAUUGCCGUUAUUUGGAGAAACUUCCAUAUUCUAUUGGUAAAAUGAUGUUGUUAGAGAAGUUGGAUAUAUCGGCGACUAGUAUCUCUGAACUCCCCAAUUCAAUAAGAAAUCUGAAGAGCUUGAAAGUGCUGAGAAUGGACUCUUCUUUCAUUCAAGCAAUUCCUAGAGAGAUUGGGAAUCUAACCAAGCUCGAAGAACUACACGCUUCCUGGUGUCGGAGUUUGAAGGGGCCCAUUCCCGAUGAUAUUGGCGGCCUACAUUGUCUGAGAUCAUUGAUGCUGGGGCAUUCCAGUAUUUUUAGCCUACCCCCUAACAUCUCCGCCAUCCCUGGUCUUCACACCCUGGAUUUAAUUCAGUGCGAUGAAAUUGAAAUGUUGCCAAAGCUUCCCCUGUCUCUAAUUUGUCUGCGUGUGAGUUCUAAAAGGAUGAAAGGGAUACCCCCUCUUGAAAAUUUAGGGGAAUUGGAGGAGCUGUGCCUAAGUGAUGGCCCUGAUGGGGACCCGAAAGCUUGCCAACCUCCCCCAAAAUUCUUCUCGAUAUGUUUUCCUAAACUGAGGAAACUAAAACUGUCUCUUUCGCAAGUUAUCAAGCUGAAUUUUGUGACGAAAUAUAUUCCUCGGUGGCGUACCCUUCCUGGUUUGAGCAAAGAAGUAUUUGAGACGUUGUCAGUGUUCAAGCUCUACGAUUCUGCAAUAGAAGAGAUUGAAGGGCUUGAAAGGCUUAAAGCCCUGAAGAGGCUAGAUAUAUCAAACUGCAAUUUACGGAAUCUCAAUGGGAUUGGCCAGUUAACCUCACUGAGAAGUUUGAUUCUAUCCAACUGUGAUUACCUCGAUAGUUUACCUGAUCUUUCAAACUUGAAGUUGCUGAAAGUUAUAGAGAUGAGACGAUGCGGAAUGAUCCAUCAAAUUAAAGGCAUAGAAAAUUUAACAUCUUUGAAAAGUUUGAACAUCAGUGAAUGUCCGGCUGAGAACUCGGUUCUAUUACAGAAUGCGUUGAAGGUACUUUCUACGGUUACAUGAUGCUGGAUUCUUCUCAGUUCUAACUGAUAUCUGUGCAUGGCAUCCACCCUGUUAAGGGAAGACGGGAGCAGCUUGUGGAAAAACUUAACGGAGAAAUUUAUUGGAGUCCGUUUUAAUUUUCCCAUGAAGUCCCUUCACAGACAAGUCGAGGCCAAAUCAACCGCCAU